AUGGCAAAACGGCAGGACCCAAAGUCCACCGCAACAGAGAGCAAGACGCCUGGACCUUCAGCUGCAGGUGCAAAGAAGGGCGAACCUGGGAACAAAAGCGCGGUCGAUUUCGAUGAGUUUGCCAAGGACGUAGCAAUGCUCACCAUGAUGGAAUAUAUGGCAAGGAGGAAAGUGUCUAUGCAGAUCGAGAGGAAGAAAGUGGAAAGGCUUGGGGUGGAACUGAAGAAUAUUCGAGAGACGAGGGGGAAGAGGAGUGGGUGGCAGCUUCUGGGAGAGGUGUACGUCGAAGGUGUCAUGAACGGCGAAGUUGCGGACACCAUGACCCAGAGGAUGGAAAGAUGUAGCUUCGAGUGGAACCGGUGA